UCCAGAUUUAGUUGUUCCUAUUGAAGAGUUGUAAAAAUUUAGUUUCAAAAUGUUGAAAUUAACGUUGGUUUUAUUGGUCACACUGUUGGCCAUCAGUUGUGCAUUCGAUUUGAGUGAGUUUACAAUUGAUACCAGAGUUGUGCAAGGUGAAAAUGCAGCUCGUGGACAAUUUCCGUACUAUAUUUUCUUGAAAAUCAAACUCGGAGAAGGAUAUGCCGCAUGUGGUGGCUCACUCAUAUCAGACGAAUGGGUUGUCACUGCGGCUCAUUGCUUGAAGGGAGUAUCCGGUGUGGAAGUUCAUUUGGGCUCCUUGAAAGUAAAAGACGUGAACGAAGAAGGGCGUGUUGUUUUGAGUGUUGGCAAAGAGGGUAUCCACGUUCAUCCACGUUAUGUUCAAGCUGUUCUCUGGAACGACAUCGGUUUGAUUAAGCUCCCACAAAAGGUUGAAUUCAGUAAAACUAUUAAGCCAGUUAAAUUGGCAUGUUCGUCAUCGAAAAAUUUGGCAGUAACUGUUAUUGGAAACGGUCUCAUGAAAACAGACUCCAAAGAACUUGCACCAAUUCUGCAAUUCACCACAUUGAAAACAGUUCCAUUGACUCAAUGUUUGGUUGAGUAUCCAAUUUUGUUUUUGAGAAAGAGCGUGAUUUGCGCUCGUGGAGUACAACAAAAGAGCUCGUGUAAAGGCGACUCUGGCGGACCCCUUGUUAGCGCCCAAAGCGGAGCAUUGGUUGGUUUAACCAGUUUCGGUUCUGCACACGGUUGUCAUCUUGGCUAUCCACAAGGCUACACAAACAUUCCAUCAUACCUUCAGUGGAUCCAAGAAGUUACUGGCAUUUCAGAUUGCGAAAGCAAUGUACAAUAAACAUGUUAACAAAACGUUUUUAAUAUUUUUUAAAUAAAAUUCAUUGGGAGUUUUAAAAGUUUUUUGAGUCACUUUAUCGCCCUGUUUGAUGUUGAUUCAACGUAAAUUAGAACAAGGUAGCGAUAAGAAACAAAAGAAUAUCAAGAAAAUUCCAAGAAAAGAACGGAAAGCACAAAAUAAAAUUAAAUCGAUUAAACUCAUAAUGAAAUUCUCAUUGAUUGGUGACAAUAAAUAAGUAAAUAUGAGAGUCAGAAAUAUAUUGGAAAAACAAUGAAGAAUUCAAUUUAAA